AUGAGCCAGAAAUUCAAUACAGGCGAUCGCCUCUCCUUUGACGGCGCACUGUGUACUGUGCGAUAUAUUGGCGACGUCGAAGGCACCAAAGGUGACUGGCUUGGAGUGGAAUGGGACGAUCCAUUUCGAGGCAAGCAUUCGGGCGAGCAUAAGGGGAAGAGAUAUUUCACAUCCGGCUCAUUUGUGCGGCCUACUCGGCCCAUAGACAAACCCCAAUCCUUCCUGGAAGCACUUCAUCAGAAGUAUGCAUCUGAGUUCGAGGAAGAGAUUGCAAAGCGGAAAGCCGCGAAUAAUGAUGCGGGCUUUCAGAUGAAUGAUACUAUCCAGUUUAAUGGUAAAGUCGUGGAGGAAGUUGGCUUUGAGAAAAUUAGAAAACAGCUUGCCGAGCUUCAGGAGCUCAAGGUUGUUCUUCUUGAUGGGUUGCGAAUCGCAGGUGUACUUGCAUAUGAUGGUCAGGAUGAGUCCAGAUACAGUGAAGAGUUGCAGAAGAUUGAACGGACGUGUCCCAAGAUUACGGAGUUGGAUCUUACUCGGAACCUGAUUCACCGCUGGCGGGAUGUGCAUGACAUUUGCAAGCAGCUGAAGAAGCUGAGGAGUUUGAAAUUGAAAGCCGUCGCUCCUAUGAGCGUUACAGGAUUACCUGAAAAGCCCAUGACAGUGGACGAGGCUUUCAUGCUGACUCUAGCUCGACUCGAGAAUUUAACCUCUCUCAAUUACAGCAAAAUCACACAACAAGACCGGAUUAAUGGAGAGUUAUAUUACCUUUCCUUGAUCGGCAAAGAAUUAUCUGCUUCCUCGGCGUCGGAUGAGGCGAGAAUCCUCGGCGCGCACCCAAGGUAUUCGGCUCUAUGUGAGACAUACGGCAUACCUACGAUUAUACGUAAAUCAGAAGGAGUUCAGGGGUCGAAUAUCAAGCCAGGUUCAGUCGCUGCACGAUUAGUGACAUUCGAAUUUUACCAGAUGUCGUCAGACUCAACAUCAGAAACUGCCAUCGAUGCAGCAAGCAAGUUGUGUCUGAUACCAAAGACGUUCGAUACGUAUAAAAUAAAGACAAUCGUGUCCCGACUAUUUUCUCUCGCACCAUUACGAUUUCGUCUGGUGUGGGAGACAGAGGAGUGGGAUCCCGUGGAGGAAUUCAAUAUUCUAGGUGGAGAAGAAUGGGAUAGCGAUGAUGAAGGUGAUCACCAACACAAAAGAGGUGAAAGAGGUGGCCAGAAUAAUGAUCGCACCGAACCCACGGUCGUCAAAGCUGAUGGAAGCAAGUUUGUUCGACGUGAAGUCGAGCUUGUAGAUUCCACGAGACAGGUCGGGUUCUGGUUUGAUGAUAAUACUGAUAGACCAAAAUACUGGUGCAAGCACUGCCAAAUCUACAUUCGCGACACCGCAUUCGAAAAAACCCAGCACGAGGCCACAGGCAAACACCAAGGAAACCUGAAACGCUUCCUUCGAGAUAUCCACCGUAAUAAAGAACGCGAAGAAAAAGAGAGCCAACGAACAAAAAAUGAAGUACAAAGGCUUCGAACCCUCGUGGGUGGAAAACCAGCUGGAGGAGAUGCGUCGCAAACCCGCCCGGCGGCAACGGCAGCAUCAGCUGCCGCCACGCCAAGACAAGCGAGUGCAGAGGAUCGAAAGAAGCAAAUUGCACAACUAGCGGAAAUGGGCGUUGCGGUCCCUGAAGAAUAUAGAAGAGAAAUGGCGCUUGCGGGAGAUUGGGAGACGAUAUCAGUACGGAGGAUAACGCCAGCUGAGUUUAGCAAGGACGAUGCAGAGAAUAAACUUAAUAUCGGUGUGAGGAAACGAAAGUUGGAGAAUGAGGAAGAUGAGGAAGAGGCUCAAAUGGUUGCUCAGCCUAGACAUAAAGGAUGGGGCAAUACGACGAGAGAUUAUCCUGGGGCUGGUGGUGGUGAAGACGGUGAUCUGGACGCUCUUCUCAUGAAUACGACGACAGUCAAGAAGAGAGAUGUUCUGGACUUGAAGCCGACAUUGCAAUCAUUAGAGGCAGAAGACGAGGCAGAACCGGGGACUGGUGAGAACACGGAAAAGGACCCAGACGUCUCAGACAUGAGCAAGCUAUUGAAAAAGGAAGAACCUGGCAUAGAACACUCGAUUGAGGCGCCACCACUGCCAGCGGGUGAUGCUCCAGUUGUCUUCAAAAAGCGUAAAAAUAAAGCUGCAAGGCAAUGA